GCUGGUCUCGCCUCACAGUUGUUUACGCACACUUUUGGAGCGUAGCGUCACACCAAUCAAUCCUUCCAAAUUACGCUGUGGACUCCCUCAGGAUGGAAGGCGUUUGAUUUAUCAACGUGCAAUAUGCGCAUUGUAAAUAAGAAGUCAGAAAACAUGCGGACGCCGGAUUAUUUGGUGUGCACUGUUUUCUGAUCCCCGCUCCUCGGGGUUAUUAUGGGAUGGAGUCCGUCACUUGCUCUCACACAAUUUUGAUCUUGUUCAACUUGUUCUGCCCGAUUAGUUCGGCGGUCCUGGAGUCCAUCUACUGGAACAGCUCAAACACCAAGUUCGAGCCGGGUCGUGGCCUGGUCCUAUAUCCUCAAAUCGGGGACAAGAUGAACAUUGUGUGUCCGCGGGCGGGUGGCCGGGGUGGGGCUGGGGGGGAGGAGUUCUACCGGGUUUACCUGGUGACCCGCACUCAGCUCCAGAGCUGCACAGUGGACCAGAGUGACACGCCCCUCCUGGCCUGUGACAAACCACAGCAGGAUGUCAAGUUCACCUUCAAGUUCCAGGAGUACAGCCCCAACCUCUGGGGCCUGGAGUUCUUGAAGGGACGAGACUACUACAUCACUUCCACGUCGACGGGUUCUCUGCAGGGGAUGGGGAAUGCUGUCGGGGGCGUCUGUCGCUCCCGAUCCAUGAGCAUGGUGCUCCGAGUGGGACAGAGUCCUUCGGAUCCUCCUUCUGUUCCUCAGGAAUCCCCCACCAGGUUCCCCCCUAAAGAGCACAACGCCAACAACAAGGAAACCACAGGAACGGCCGAAAAAGAGGAAGAGGGGCUGUACCGGGGUCUGUUGCUGGGGGUGGUAUCGGGGGGCUUGGUCCUCGUCUUCUCCGUGGGGGUCCUGGUGGCCUGUGUCUGGAGGAGGAGACGUCCCCGGCGCUCUGAGGACAGGCUCAACCCCCCUCCGCCCUCGGCCCUCCCCCUCCAACGCUUGGGCAAGCGAGACAGCACCAGCAGUGAGGACCUGGACCCCCAGGCCCAGCUGGUGUUUCCUCUCCGGGGGUCCGAGGGAGCCCUCUGCCGUCACUACCAGCGCGUCAGCGGGGACUACGGCGCCCCCGUCUACAUCGUGCAAGAAGUCCCUCCCCAAAGCCCCACCCACAUCUACUACAAGGUCUGAUCGCGACCUGUCAUUUCCUGUUUGCGCUAUGUCAUUUCCUGUUUGAUCGAUGUCGUCCCACCCUCCUAGCGGACAUCAAACAAGCGUCCACCAAAAGGUGUUUGCUUCUCAUCUCCACGCCCACGGAGCUAACAACACAUCCUAUCAUCGUUUGCACUACGACCAUGUGACCACCACUAAGGAUGGGUCCCUGAAGAAAACAACGAUCUUCAACUUCAACUAUCUUCACUAAUAUCUUCACCUGUAACAGAGAGCGAUGACGAUGAUGAGAGUGUCAACCCUAAACAUCUUAUCGUUAUCUUACAGCUGUUCUUCUUUCUGAUUGGAAGAAAUGGUGCAAGCUGAAUUCCUGUGUCUUGUGAUUCUGCCUUUCACCAUUUGAGGUCAGCGAUGUUUGAUUGGACCUGCAAUGUUUCUUAAAACAAGAGUUGAUGUGUAUACAUCUACAAUCACACAUUCCUUAUAGAAUAAAAUGUAAAAUAAAAUAAGCCAUCCAUAUUAUUUAUAUGUCCCCUUUACCUACAGAAGAAUCUAACAUACUAACUAGCCGUUUUACACUGUCAACCGUCAGUGUCACACUUGGUCCCACACAUGGUCCCACGUUGACGCAACGCAAGGUGGUUUAUGGAGCCAUUACGUCCUUGGGGACUCACCUUGCGUCCACCACAAGGGCCUGACGUGCGCCUCCCAAAAAUUGUAACCUUGCGUCGAGACGUGAUUGAUCCGCUCACUAAAACUUGACGCAGAACCCAAACAGGUUCAUGACUGCGUCGAAGCGUCUGCGUGGUCAUUGCGUUGCGUCGACAUGGAACCAUAACUAAACCUUUAAUGUAGAGAGGAGAGAUAGUCGGAGGCUGAAGCUAAAACAAUGGCAUGGUGUGUUCAUCAAGCUCCUCUGGGACACCUCCGUUAUAAAUGUCUCUUUGGCGGGACGUAACGUUUACUGUAAACGUUACGUCCCGUCAACGGUUUACAACACUGCUCAGCUUCAAGGUUGAAACCUCACGUCGAGUCGAUGUUUACAGGGUGUCUCGUCGCAGGGGAGAUGAAAAAAUGUUGUUCUGAGCCAUCUGAAAACAAGACAAACCCACGAAUGACAAACCCAUCAGAGAUCUCGUCAUAGCGAGCAAACAUGUUCACCUAACGGGAAACCAAGAAUACACAAACAACGAACUGCUUAUCUUGCAGCUUGACUCAUAUGUAAAUUUAAUAAUGAUAAUAAAAGAACGUUAUGAUCAUUGUGUUCAGCGCUAUCCGAAGUGAUCUAAAUGUAGACGUACAGACUCUAAACAUGUGUGAUGAUAUGUUGUCAUAUUUCUAUGCACGGUAAAACAGUAGCGGGGGUCCCCCAUGCAUAGGGACUGUCAGGAAUACGUUACACGCUCCCCCAACCAUGUCAUGCUCACAUUUUCUACCUGUCUGCCCCUGCCUCCCCCCCUUCACUCCCCCUUCCACCCCAUAUUCCCUCCCCCUCUCCCAACUCCCCUUUCGCUCCCCAUCACUCCACCCCUACUUCUCCUUCACCUCGCCCCUCCUUCCCUUCAACUUUAAUCUCCCUCCUCCCCCUUCAC